AUGUUGGUUUUGUGUGGGGUUUUGUGUGGGGGGGUGGUGGGGGAGUGGAAGUAUGGUUGUGUUGAUUGGUUGGGUUUUGUGGGGGGUGGUGGGUGUGGUGGGUGGGGGUUUGUUUUUUGGGGGUUUUGUUUGUGUGGGUGUUGUGGUGUUUGGGUUUGUGGGGUGGUGGUGUUGGUUGGGUGGGGUGGGUUGGGGGUGGGUGGUGGUGUGGGGGUGUUUUGGGGGUUAUUUUUAAUGGGUAUAUUUUGUGUUGUGUGUGUUUUUUGGGUUUGUUUUGUGUUGGGGUGGGGUUGGUUGUGUGUGUGUGGUGUGGUUGGGUGUGGGGGGGGGGGGUUUUGGUGUUAUGGGUGUGGGGUGUGUGUGUUUUUUGGUGUGUGGGGUUUUGUGGUAGGGUGGUUUUUGUGUUUUUGGUGGGGGGUUUGUUUGGUGGGGUGGGGGGGUUGGGUGUUUGGUUUAUGGGGAGGGGUGGUUGGGUGGUGGUUGGGUGGGGUUUUGUGUGUUGUUUGGUGUGGGGGUUUGGUUUUUGGUGGGUUGUGGGAUGGUAUGGGUAGUGGUUUGUUUGUUGGGGGGUGUAUGGGUUUGGUUGGGGGGGGGGGUGGGUGUUGGUUGGGGUGUUGGUGGUGUUUGUGUAGGUGUGGGAUGGUUGGGUUUGGUGGGAUUGGUUUGUUUUUGGUUUUGGUUGUUGUUUUGGGGGUUGGGGGGUGGGGUUUGUGGGUGGUGUUAGGGGGGGGUAGGUGGGGGGGGGGUGUUGGGGUGGGUUUGUAUUUUUUGGUUGUGUGUGUUGUUUUGGUUUUGGGUGGGUUUGGGGGGGUGGGUUGGGUGUGGGGGGGGGGUGGUAUUUUGUUGUGUGGUUUUUUUUUUUGGAUGGGGUGGUUUGUGGUUUGGUUUUUUAUGGUUUUUUUGUGGGGUGGUGUUUUGGUGGGUUUUUUGUGUUUGGGGGGGUUAGUUUGUGUUGGUUUGGGGUUUUUUUGUUGUUUUUUUUGGGUUGGUGUUUUUUUUUUUAUGAUUUGGUGGGGUUAUUGGUAUUUUGGGGGGGGGGGGGGGUUAGUUUUUGUGUGGGUGGUUGUGUGGUUGGGGUGUGUGGUUGUUGUGUUGGUGUGGGGUGGGGGGGGGGGGGGUUUGGUUUGGUGGGGUGGGGGGGUUGGUUGGGGUGUGGGUUUUUUGGGUUUUUGGAGGGGUGUGUGGGUGUUUGUUGGUGGUGUGGGGUGGUUGUUUGUUGUUGUGGUGUGGGGGGGGGUUUGGGUGGGUUGGGGGUGUGGUGUUUUUGUUUUGGUGGGGGGGUUUAUGGGGUUGGGGUGUGUGGUGUUGUGGUUUGUGGUGGGGGGGGUGUGGGGGUGGUUGGGGUUGGUGGGGGUGUUUGGUUUGGGGGUGGGGGGGUUGGGUGUGUUUGGGGGUGGGGGGGGUGGGUUGGGUUGGGGUUGUUGGGUUGUUUGGGUGUGGGUGGGGGUUGUUUGGGGGGGUGGGGGGGGUGGGUUUUUUUUUUGGUUGUGGGGGGGGGGUUUUUUAAUUGUGUUUGUGUUUUGUGUGUGGUUAGGGUGUUGGUUUUUUUGUGUUUUUUGGUUUGGGUGUGGAUUUGUUUUUGGUUGUGGGGGGUGGGGUUGGUUGUGGGGUUUUUGGGUUUGUUGUGUUGGUUUGGGGAUAUGGUGGGGUGUGUGGGGGGGUGGGUAUGUUGGUGUUGUGUUUGGUUUAGUGGGUUUUGUGUUUUGA